AUGUCCUCCCCCUCAACCCGCCGCCUCCUAAAAGAAAGCACCGACCUCCACAAAAACCCAAGCCCAUACUUCACAGCCGCCCCAAUAAGCGACUCGAACCUCCACGACUGGCACUUCACCCUCGCCGGGCCACCCUCUCCAUCCCCCUACGCCCAAGGCCUCUACCACGGCCGCAUCACCUUCCCAGCCACAUACCCACUUCGCCCGCCCUCGUUCCGCUUCCUCACACCCUCCGGCCGCUUCGAGGUCAAUCGCGAAAUCUGUCUCAGUAUCUCCGGUCACCACGAGGAGACAUGGCAGCCCGCUUGGGGUGUGCGCACUGCGCUGCUAGGAAUUAGAUCUGAGAUUUUUAGUUCGGAGAGUCAGGGACAGGUUGGGGGUAUGGAGGGGAAUGAUGAGUUGAGGAGGGAGUAUGCACGGCUAUCGCUUGAUUGGCAUUGUCGGGAGUGUGGGGUUAGGAAUCUUGAGGCUAUGAGGGAGUUGUGGGAGGUUUGUCGGGAGCGUGGGAUUGAGGUUGAGGGUGAGGUUGAUGGUGUUAACGGUGCUAGUGUCGAGGGUCAGCGGGAAAUUGAGGGCCUGCGGGAGACGGUCGAGGCUGAGGCUGAUACUCCGGCUCCGGCUCCGGCUUCGAGUGGGGAAAGUGUUCCUGUUGGAAAUGAGGACCAAGCCCCGGCGGAUGAUGCUGUGGAGCGUACUCUGGCUGCGGAAUCUGUUCCGGUCUCUUCUGCGCUUGCACCGGUGCCGGCGGCACAGGCACAGGCACAGGCACAGGCACAGGCACCGCUGUCUACUGUACAAGCACCGGCUGCCGCUGUUAUUCCUACGCAGACAAGCACCCCUCAACUGGCUUCGACAGAGUCUCCAUCUGAAGGUGUCUGGCUGGACCGGGCUAUCAUUGGUGUGAUCGUUGCUCUUGUCUUGUUGAUAUUGCGCCGGGUGGCGAACGUCGACGAUCUGUAA